ACACCCCAACAACGCACUUCCCCAAGACCACCACAGCCACCAGGCAAAAAUGAAAACGACAGCCGGAAACUCGCUGCGACCAGAAAGCGAGGAAGCCGAAGCCGCGGCACCCCAUAAAGCCCCACACCCGGCAGCACCCCAAGCACAGCGCCCACCCGCACCACCACCGAGCCUCACCAGCCUCCUGCCCACCACCACACACCAUGCCUGCGCCCGCAACCCACCACACCCGCCUGCGCCACGGCGCCCCGACGCUCCUGCUCCUCCUGACGGCUCUCGCCACCACCCUCGCCUGCCGCCACCUGCCUCCCUGCCACUCCACCUUCCCCUGGGACAGCCUCAGCAUCCUCCGGGACAUGGCUCCCAGACCGCCACAGCCCUGCCAACACCAACAGGCGCCCUUCCCCUUCCCCGACACCCUCCUCCACAACAGCCACCCACAGCAAGCCGCCGCCACCGCCCGACACAUCCUCGACAACCUCUUCGCCACCCUCAGCGCACAGAGCACCCCCCAACACUGGGACGACCAGGCACGCCAUCGCCUCCUCAACAACCUCCACCGCCACAGCCAGCAGCUCCAGCAAUGCCUCGCACCCAACGGCACGCUCUCCCAAGGACAAGGGCCCCGCAACCGCACGCUCACCAUCAGCAAAUACUUCAGGCGCAUCCACAACUUCCUCCACACCCACAACCACAGCGCCUGCGCCUGGGACCACGUCCGCCUCGAAGUUCGCGCCUCUUUCCAGCGCCUCCACAACCUCACCCGCACCAUGUGCAAUUAGACCAACCGCCCCGACCAACCCGCGCGCACCCACGCGCCCCCGCCACCACUUCUCCAACACCGACGCGGCCCCACCGCGGGCCUCCCGCCUCCCCUCACCCGUGCCAAGAGCCGCUGCAACAACGGCCCUGCGCCCUCAGCCUCCACUGACCCCCUCCCCUAUUUAUACAACUCCCUCUAUUUAUUUUCACAAUGCCUUUUAUCUAUUUAUUCACCUAUUUAUUCCACAGACAAUAAAGA